AUGCCCGUGUGUAAGGAGAAGCUGGCUCUGAGCCUCCAUGCCACUGUCAACCCUACAACCAGCAGGUCUUCCAAUGGGUCUACUUACCAGAAACUCCCGAACAAGAUCAACACCUGUGACACCAACCAUGCAGAUAUCAUGGCAUUCUUGGACUGGGUGGACUUCCCAAAACGAACACCUCUUCCCAAUUCACCUCCGUCAACCCCCUUGAAUCAGUUUGUACGAAUGAUUGCCGACACCAACCUCAAUAUCAAAACUGAUCGCGCCACGAUUGUGCGUGGAAUUCGGCAAUUCUCUGUACUCUGGCUCCCGAUUGGGAGGAUUGGAGGCAGUAGGUUCCUCCGCAUUGUCCCAUGCAUCUAUGGCUUGCGUCCGGAGGUACCACCUCUUCUUGAUUUUGACGACAUCUUCCCGCAGUCAGUCCUUGGCGUAGAUGACAACAUCCGACCAGGCACAGCUUUCCAUAGCUGUGGCGAAAAGUUGCCUGGUGGAAAAGCUAACUUGAGUGGACCAGGUGAUCUCGACGCUGGUGGAUUCAACUGCUUCCAGCUCGAAAUUUUGCAAUCUUUGGGAGGUGAAAUUGAUAAACCGCUCUCGUAUGAAGAUGCUGACGAAGGAGAAUGGUGUUCUACUAGGUUCUACGCCGUUGUCAGAUUCGGCCCAGAUGGUCUUGAGAGAGGUAUUUACGCUAUUUUGAAUUGCUUUCGCCCUGAUGAUGAAGAUAGUGAACAUGACUUCACGCCUGAUCAUGGACAUACCUGCUGCGAUUAUCUCCUAGUUAGCGGCCGGUUCGCAUCUAAGCGAUUUUCGCUAGCCGAACUCCCUGAUAACAUCCAGGACCUCGGUUUUUCAAAGGCUUUCGAGCUCAAGUUGUGCGGCACCGUGUCGAUGUCGUUAGGGCGAUCCAGAUUGCGGAGGGAGUGA